AUGGAAGACUACGGAUCUCUCAAAGAUCACUGGCUUUUUAGCCAACAGCAAUUGGAUAACACCCCAUCUAGGCAGUGUGGGGUAACUACGGACAAGGAGCUCCUGUUUCGCCAGGAGGCGGCCAGUCUGAUUCAGGAUCUGGGCCAGCGGCUCGAUAUGUCCCAGCUCACCAUAAACACUGCCGUGGUGUACAUGCAUAGGUUCUACAUGCAGCAAUCUUUCACCAAGUACCACCGCUAUGACAUUUCUUCUGCGGCCUUGGUAGUCGCUGCUAAAGCUUUAAGCAAGCAACAGAAAACAGAAGAUGUCCUUAAGAUGGCCCAUGCCAUCCUUUAUUCGAAGGAGCCAGAGCUUGACCCCACAAGCCAGAGGUAUUUGCAACAGGAGAAGAAGCUAGUGUGUCUGGAAAGCAUCUUAACUCAGACUUUGGGCUUUCAGGUCACUGUGGAACAUCCCCACAUGCAUGUGAUGAAAUAUAUCCAGUCAAUGGAAGUCUGCAACGACUUUGCACUGGCAUGCUAUCUCAUGGCAACCAGCUGCUUGCACGUGACAACUCUCUGCCUUCAAUACAAACCCGCGGUACUAGCCUGCCUGAGCAUUCACAUGGCUUGCAAAUGGUCCAGGUGUGAAAUGCCAGUAUCAACAAAGGGCAAGCUCUGGUGGCAAUGUGUGGAUCAAUCUGUUUCUCCUGAGUUGCUGGAGCAGCUUAGUGAUGAAUUUCUGCACAUAUACCAGAAGACUCCAAAUGCACUGAGAAGGUUCAGACAGUGGAGGCCUAAGAAGGUUUCAACGAAGCCCAAGUCUGGCUGGACAAUUGGCAAAUUUCUGCUUAUUCCUCUUUUGGCCAAUAAGCCUGUCACUGGCAUCCCUGCCAAAGCAGAUUUUCCCAAAGCAGCCUCCUCAGCCUUUCGUACACCUGUACAUGAGAAUGCAGGAAAACCAUCCAUCCAGAUAGCUUCUAAUCUAGAUAAAAUUGCAACAUCUGGGACGAAACAAGUUAAUAAUCCCAAGCCAAAAAACUAUUUUGCCACAGACUUUAAAAACGCUAUAAAAUAUUUCAGCGGGUCUUACCAUGGUGAGAACUUUGUUAAGGCAGAGUAUGCUCAUAAAACAGCUGAAAAACAGCAAAUCCUCCCACCUUCAGUGACUUUCCAUAGAAUAUCACUGGAGAAAUACAGGGAGAGGGCUAAACAGAAGAUGGCCAAUGUUAAUGCAAGGAAUGAGCACGCAGCACUACACAAGGAACCACAUCAAAACAAGCACAAUCCUGCUCCUGGUGGCAGCUCAGUCAAGUCAACCCAUGAACUGAUUUUUCAACUUUCAAACUCUGAUAAGGAUAAAAAGGAAUCAUUUGGUGAAAAAGACACAGGUGUACCUCUACAGAGCCAUACAUCCAUUUCACCUGUUCCCUCCAGCAAAGAGACCCUGAAAAGGAAAAUAACCUCUCCUCCCACUGACAGUCACAGCUCUUCCAAUGAAGGUAGUGGCGGCAAACGCAAACAUCACUAA